GUACUACUACUACUACUAUCAUCAGUUUCUUCUUGUUUUCUAUAUUGUUCUUCCUUUUUCUCCGGCGUGUCAAAUUCCAAUUCAUUCAUUGCCAUAAAUGCAAUUAUCUUGUUUCUCUUUCACAAUAUUAUUCUCCCUAAAAUACAUUCUCUUUUUCAGCACAAUCCUUAUCACAACCAACUAUACAACUGUGCCGCGUUAUUAACCCUUUUUUUUUUUCUUCUCAUUCUUGCAAAAUAUUCUCUUUUUUUCUAUAUUACACCACCAUCUUCCUCUUGUAACAAAAAAAAAAACCAUCUUCCUCUGUUUUUUAAACUCUUAACAAACCCAUUCUCAUCAACAACAAAAAAAAAAACCUAAAUUUGAACAAAAUCCUAGAUGGGUUUUGGAGUUUCAUACGUUGUUCAUGUCCUUGUGUUGUUUUCUGUUAUGUUUGUUUGUGCAUGGUCACAAUCACAAGAUGAUGGUGCUGUGAUGCAAAAGCUGAAAACUGCAAUAUCAAAAAGUAAUCUUAAUUGGUCAGACGAUGAUUUUUGCAAUUGGGAAAAAGUUCAGUGUAGUGGACGUAGGGUGACUUCAAUUGAAAUUCCACAGAAUCACAAUGUUGAAGGUUCUUUACCAAAAGAAUUGGUGCAACUCACUGAGUUAACUGAUUUUCGUUGCACUGGAAAUGAUUUAUCUGGAGUUGUCCCUUACAUGCCAAAUUCCCUUCAGAAUUUGUAUAUUGACAACAACACAUUCACUUCCAUGCCAAAUGAUUUCUUCAAUAACCUGACUAAUUUGAUAGAGGUAGGAAUUGGUUAUAACCCUUUUCCUCAAUGGCAAAUUCCUUCUAGUCUUAAGAAUUGUUUAGCCCUUAAGAAGUUUUCUGCUAAUAAUGCUAGUUUUGUUGGUCAAAUUCCUGAAUUCUUUGGAACAGUAACUUUUCCAAGUUUGACUGAUUUAUUGCUAGCUUACAAUUCUCUUGAUGGUAAUUUGCCUAAUAGUUUAUCUGGUAGUUCUAUACAGACCCUUUGGGUCAAUGGUCAAAAUAGUAUUAAUAAACUCAAUGGUACACUUUCUGUUUUACAAAAUAUGACUUCAUUGCAACAAAUUUGGGUUCAAAGUAAUAAUUUUACUGGUCCUAUACCUGAUUUAUCAAAUCUUGAUCAAUUAGUUAGUGUUAGUUUUAGGGAUAAUCAGUUAACUGGUGUUGUUCCAGCCUCUUUAACUUCCCUUCAGAGUUUGAAAAAUGUGGGACUGUCAAACAAUAAUCUUCAAGGGUCACGUCCUAAGUUUAGUGAUGGUGUUGAGGUUGACAUGGGUUAUGGGAAUAACUUUUGCACUAAGAAUGUUGGUGAACCAUGUAGUCCACUUGUUAAUGUUUUGCUUUCUGUUGUUGAACCUUUGGGUUAUCCUCUCAUACUUGCUCAAAGUUGGAAAAGUAAUGACCCUUGUGAUGGUUCUUGGUCCCCAUACAUUACUUGUUCUAACGGUAACAUCACCACUAUCAACUUUCAAAACAAGGGUUUUUCUGGUAGUAUAUCUCCUAGUUUUGCAAGUCUUACUUCUGUGACGAGGUUGCUUCUUGCUAAAAAUAAUCUCACCGGUACCAUACCUAAGGAACUUGCUAGUAUGCCGGCUCUGAAAGAGCUAGAUGUUUCCAAUAAUAAGUUAUAUGGUCAGAUACCUUCGUUUCGUGCAGGUGUGGUUGUUAACACCAAUGGGAAUCCUGAUAUCGGAAAGGAUAAACCUCACGGGUCGCCCGACUCUAGUUCUGGAGGGGAAGAUAAGAAGAAAAAUGGUGUUGGAGCUAUUAUUGGUGUUGUUAUGGGGAUUAUUGGCUUACUGGUUGUAGGGGUUUCGGUAUUUGUUAUUUGUCGUAGAAGACAUAAUAAGCGCGAUGGAAAAGUUCAAACUCCAAAUGCAAUAGUAGUACAUCCUCAUCAUUCUGGAGAUGGAAAUGCUGUGAAGAUAAGUGUUGCAGCAUCUGGAAUUGCUGGUGCCGGCAUUGCAGGAGGAACCAGUGGAUUUAGUCCAUCGAGUAGUGUUCAAAAUGUGGAAGCUGGUAAUAUGGUCAUUUCAAUUCAAGUUUUGAGAGAAGUUACGGAUAAUUUUAGCGAAAAGAACAUAUUGGGGAAGGGAGGUUUUGGCACUGUAUACAAAGGAGAAUUGGCCGAUGGAACGAAGAUCGCAGUUAAAAGGAUGCAAUCUGAAAUGGUUGGUGACAAAGGGCUGAAUGAGUUCAAAUCUGAAAUUGCGGUUCUUACUAAGGUUCGACACAGGCAUUUGGUCGGACUUCUCGGCUAUUGCUUGGAAGACAAUGAGAAACUUCUUGUCUAUGAAUACAUGCCUCAGGGGACUCUUAGUGAACAUCUGUUUGACCGAAAAGAUGACGGGUCAAAACCGCUUGACUGGAAAACAAGGCUCUCCAUUGCCUUGGACGUUGCUAGAGGUGUUGAAUACCUUCAUGGUUUGGCUCAGCAUAGUUUUAUCCACAGGGAUCUGAAACCGUCAAACAUCUUGCUUGGUGAUGAUAUGCGCGCUAAAGUAUCCGACUUUGGAUUGGUUCGACUUGCUCCUGAAGGACAAGCCUCAUUCGAGACUAGACUGGCCGGAACUUUUGGAUAUCUAGCACCAGAGUAUGCAGUCACCGGACGUGUCACCACAAAGGUCGAUGUAUACAGCUACGGCGUGAUUCUUAUGGAGAUUAUAACCGGAAGGAGAGCAAUUGACAACAGCCAACCAGAGGAAAAUAUGCACCUUGUUACAUGGUUCCGCAGGAUUCUACUGAACAAAGACUCGUUCGGAAAGGUCAUUGAUCCAGCAAUGGACAUCAAUGAGGAAGGCUUGGAGAGUUUCAGGGAUAUUGCAGGGUUGGCAAGCCACUGUUGUGCAAGAGAGCCGCAUCAGCGUCCCGAAAUGGGACAGAUAGUAAAUGUGUUAGCACCUCUUGUCGAGAUUUGGAAGCCGGCUGAACUUGAUGACGAUGACAUAUAUGGGAUUGACUUGGAAAUGAGUUUGCCUCAAGUACUAAGUAAGUGGAAGAACCUUGAAGGAAUGAGCAACACACUCGAUGCUUCUUCAUCGAUGAGUGCUAAUAUUGAAAAUACACAAUCAAGUAUACCAGCUCGGUCUUCCUAUCCUUUUACAUCUGCAGAGGCGCGAUGAAGUUUGAUAUACAUUAUUUUUUUCCCCCGCUUCUUCCUAUCCUUUGAACUAGCCCUUUUUUUUUUUUAUUUCUCUUUAGCUAUAGAGGUUUUUCAAUUUUUUAGUAUUUGAGAAUCAUUGAUUCUGGGAUGCAAGAACACAAUGCAGAACAAAUAGUAAAACUUUUAUUGUUCUCAUUAUUUUCAAAAUAUUUAGACAUGAUUAAUAUUUUGUUUAGUUUUAUUGAUAUAGAAAAAUAUAGGAUGUAGUUACCCCCAUCAAAUAAAUUAUAAUACUAUUUUUCUACCAUUUUUUUUACUAUAGUAAGCUUGUUGCGAAAGUGUGAUGAAUGAUAUUUGUUGUCUACAUUUUCAUAUUAUAUUUUUUAGGUUUAAUUGCA